GAGAAGGAGAGCCCAACAGAGAGUGGAAAGCAGAGAAGCGGUUACAAAGCCAGGCGGACUGGAGGGAAUUUUACCGGCAAGUGAAAAACUUCAAACUUCUACUUCUCUUCCUCUUGUCCUCUCCACAAUCUUCCCGGACUGUUCCCUCUGCUGUUCUCUCAGAGGCACGACUGUUGGCAGGCUGGGACAGGGGAGGAGGAGGUGAGAGGAGCCGGGCUUCGGGGGGCCAGAGGGAAGCUGGUGGAGAGAUUUUAAGCGAGCUUAUCUGAAGCUGACAACAGGAUGAGUGUGUGAGGACCCAGGAUUACCGUGUCGUCUUCCCCCAGUGCCCCAGCAUGGAGUCGACAGUUAGGCUGCCUGGCAACCACUCACACACGCACUGACUGAGGAAGAGGGAAAGAAAGAGGGAGAAAGAGAGAAAGAGAGAGAGAGAGAGAGAGAGAGAGAGACAGAGACGAGGGGAGGACCAGGUUCUCAGGAGAGCACAGGAGACGUGGGUCCGUAACACUGGAGCUCACGGACAAACCAUGGACUCUGCACAUCUCUUACCUCACCUGGACGGCCACGAUGUUCCCUGCUAGCCUUCUGGUUCUGAUGACCCUGCUGCUCCCCCAAGCCUUGUCAGGCCACCAGGAGGGUUCCAGUCAUUCUGAUGGGAACCUGGGCCCCCCACUGGAGCCCAGUCUGGCCCAGACCAUCCAGAACCUCCUGCUUAGCCGCCUGGGCCUCCAGUCCCAUCCCAACCCCAGUCCGGGGGCACUGGUGCCACAGUAUCUCCUGGACCUGUACCGCUUCCACACCCAGCAAUACCAUCUCAUAGAAGAUCCAGACUUCAGCUUCCCUACCCCACAUGUCCAAGGGGCCAACACAGUCCGCACCUUUCACCAUGCAGUGUCUUCAGACAUCCCUCACUCUGGCGAGAAGAAGGGCAGGGUCCACAUGGCGUUUAACCUGUCCUCUAUUCCCUUCUAUGAGACCGUGGUCUCAGCAGAACUGCGUUUCCUGCGUGGGGGCGUGGGUUCAAUUCCUCACAACGUCAGCAUCUAUCUCUCUGGUAGCAACACCAACUCCCAGCCCAAGAUACUCCAUUCAAGACAGGUAACCAGAGAGCCCCAGAAUGGUGAGUCUUGGGAGGCCUUCCCCCUGGAUGGAGAAGUGUUUCAGAAGCUGUCUGAUUGGUCAGGGAGUGUGUCCUUCAUCUUGGAGGUGAGCCCAGAUAACAGCAGCCUUCUGGUGGAGGACGUAGACACGGAGGAUCACCUGAGAGUGCGCAGGUCCGCGGACCAGGACGAGAACAGCUGGACACGACAGCGACCACUACUGGUCACGUACAGCCACGACGGGCGCAGUGAGCCGCUCCUACCCCUCGGAAGGAGGACACCCAGGGGCAGGAGGGCGGGGAGCAGGGUGAGAAACAGCCGAGGUCAGGGGUCAGAGUCGGGCUGGCGCGGCAGGUGGGUGGAGAGGCGGGUGAAGCGUAACGGCGGAGGCCGAGCCGCCAAGCUGAAGCGCCUGGCCCGCACACGCUGCCGCCGCCACCCGCUCUACGUGGACUUCCGAGAUGUCGGGUGGAACAAGUGGAUCGUGGCGCCCACGGGCUACGACGCCUUCUUCUGCCUGGGCGAGUGCCGCUUCCCACUGGCCGACCACAUGAACUCGACGAGCCACGCCAUGGUGCAGACGCUGCUGAACUCGGUGAACGGGGCGGCGGUGCCGCGCGCCUGCUGCGUCCCCACUGCCCUCAGCCCCAUCGCGCUCCUCUACCUGGACCAGGACGAGCACGUGGUUCUGAAAAACUACCAGGACAUGGUGGUGGAGGGAUGCGGCUGCCGGUAGCAAGGGGCAGAGCGAGCACCAGGAGUGGAGAGGUGGGCACGGGUGGAGGAGAGAUUUAAGAGCGAGAAAGGCCGAAAGAAAGGAAGCAAGCAAGAAAAAAAGAAAUGUUCAAAUCUUUAAGCUCAUGAAGGAACCUCUGAGGGCAUUCCCAUAAUCCUCCUGUCCGGUGAAGCUGUACGUGUCUGUGUGUCGUGUGCUUUGCAGUCGGGGCUGCUAACCCUCUCGCCCAGCCCAAGUACUGCUCUGUCCUGUGCUCCGCAAAAUCCUGACCCCCUUCUGUCGGUGUUGUGCCAGUGUUGUUGUGUAUUUCCUGUCCGUUUCGCACCCUUUCUCGCUAUCGCCAUUGUCGUGCCACUUCAGGAGGGUCCAGCUGAGAUGUUGGGCUUUUGCCAGCCAAGGACAAAACACGCUUUGAUGGACUUCAGUCUUUACAGAAGCGAUACGCUGGGCUAAUGCAUGCUAAGAUCGGUGCGCUACAUGUCUCAACACAAAUAAUAUGUAAAAAGAUGUACAAAUACAGGAAAGCAAGGCAGCUCAUGCUUACCACCAGAAACUAGUCAAAACCCUGAGAGUAAGUUUGAGAAAGUAUUAUGCUAUUGUUUGAAUGUGGAAGUGCUAUUAUUUAUGGUGACCUGUUAUGUUAAUUUACUUUGCAGUCAGAGAAAAGUUCACAGUUGCUAAACAAGUAAUGUCUAUGGUCUUGAAGUAAAUAUAAUUUAAGAGAACAUAUAUAAAUAUGUAUAUCUAUUUAAAUAACAAACAGGUAUGAUGUAUUUAAUCUUUACAAAUAUUGCAGACAUACAUAUUGUAAGGCCUCACAAAUACAGUGAAAAUCAUUCCAAUUUGGUUGUAUUCACCAUGUAUAAAAAUAUCGUUAACUUUCCAGUGCCAAGUUGUAAAACAGUGAAAGUUGCCUCCACGCAUAAAAUAUCACCAUGU